AGCGUAGGUCUAGCGUGACGUCACGGUAGCCUAGUUGGGUUAGGUUUACGCUGGAAAUUCUAACGAGAAAUUUUUUGUUCGACGAUUCAUGUUUUUCCCAUCGUGUCCGCUGCGCUAAGCAAAACGUGUGAAGAGUGAACGCAGUGGCGAGCAGGCAAUCGUAUCUCGUGAACCGUUCGAUCGCGAGACCUCGCGCUAUCGGCGUAUAUGAGAUUUUAAACGGAAAAUGAAUCGACAUGAAGGGGUAAGCUGUGACUCUUGCUUAAAGGGUCAUUUUCGGGGACGCAGGUACAAGUGCCUAGUGUGCUUCGACUAUGACUUAUGUGCUAGCUGUUACGAAGGAGGUGCCAGCAGUACACGUCAUCUCACUGAUCAUCCAAUGCAAUGUAUACUUACUAGAUCUGAUUUUGAAUUAUAUUAUGGUGGAGAGGGAGUGAGUAUAGAGCAGCCACAGUCCUUAACUUGUCCCUAUUGUACAAGAAUGGGUUUCACCGAGGCUACCUUGCAAGAACAUGUUACUGCUGAUCAUCCAGACACCUCUUUUGAAGUGGUAUGUCCUUUAUGUGCAUCCACUCCAGGAGGAGAUCCUAAUAGCGUGACUGAUGAUUUCGCGGCACAUUUAAGUUUGGAGCAUCGUAGUGGACCAAGGGACCUGAUCUCUUUUCUAGAUGAACCAUCUUCAACUAGACACAGCGGUAGACGGGUACAACUGCAUCAAUCUAGAGUAUUGGGUGGGCCACGACCUCGCAGGUCCAUGCAUUUCAGUUCGUCCGGGGGAUUGAGUCCGAGUAGUCGAGAUGGUAUAGAUCCGAUUACUGAGUUACUCUCUCAAUUAUCCGGUGUUCGUAGAGGUACAGCAACUGGUCAGAGUCCAUCAACACCUUCGCAAUUACAACACUUGCAAAUGCAGCUACAAAUGGAGCGCCAACAAUUUAGAACUACUAGACAACAAUUGGAACGGUUACCUAGGAGGCAGCCACAGGCUAUUGGUUCUGUAAGUGGUGCAGGAGGUACCAGUGGAGGUCCUUCUACUACUUUGACCAGUGUGGUAGCAAAUAGUGCGAGUAGUAAUAAUAAUGCAACCAAUGUGGCCAACCCGUCCGGCGUAUUGUCUACCAAUUCACAGAACUAUAUGUUUCUAUUACCGAGAUGCAUUACGAGUACUCUGUCUGACUUACAUCUGCAGAACAUUGAGCGCGAGAGCGCGAACAGGAGCUUGUUCACGCGCGAACUAAUCGUCAGUACUCUGUCUCAAACAUUACCGGAGUUAAUACAGCAGCAGUCCGCAGCGCAAACGCCAGUGUCGAGCGCAACUACUGCCACAACCAGCCCAGAGACACCGAACGCCAACGCUUCGACCGUUUCUACAAAAAAAUUAAGUUUAUCUCAGGAGGCGAAAAGGGAUCAAGCGACGAGUAAAAACGUAACGCAAACGUCUACGCAACAAUCGCAUACUGUUCAGACUGCUGCUGCUGAUGGCGUGGGAACGGGUGUACAGACUCAAGGAUUGCCGCCCCUAAACUCGAAUAACCUCGCGACACAAAAUCCGCCUAGGGUUCAAACACUGAUGCAUAGUGUAUUACCUCAGCCACUGGUACUGCAGCAACCAUUGCCGCCACCAGUUAGUAGAACUAUCAGAGACCCGAUAGCGACCCCGACACCAGCGUACCUUAGAGUCAGUCCAGUCAGUCCAGUCAGUUCAGUCGGUCCAGUCGGAGUAACAGGUUCUUCGCGUAGGAAGCCAGUUAGGGCUGUAGAUGGCAGAAACCAGUCUACAGAACCUCCGCCCCCACACUAACCCCUCCUUAGCCCGUACCCACCCACCCUGACUCCUCACAGGACCCUCUAGCACUAGUCCUAGCACUGUUUAGAACACCUCAUCAUUAUUGUUAUUAUUAUAAUAUUAUAUAUUAAUAAUUAUUCGAAUGCCCUCCUCCUCACCCUCCCUAUCUUAUCACUUUCCAAACAAAAUGAAACUCUCUAAUCUCGCCAUCUUUUUUGUCGUUAUUGUGACAUGGAACAAGGGCAAGGGCUGAUUCGCCGACACAUGCAAAUAAUGUACAUAACUCACUUCUUGCAGUCAUACACAACUCCGCGUGCACGCUCCUCAGCGAGUCUUGCCACGUUCUUCCAUAUUGAAAAAUUUCUGUUGUAUCCUGUGUCACGACACACACGUUGAUCUAGGACAUUAUAAGAGACUGGCAGAAAAAAGAAAAAGGGUCGCAGAGCACGGCAAUGCGGAUGAAGAAUAUUAAAAGUUUCAUGGUUUACUCGUGACUGCGUGUUAUAGACGACAUUUUUGGGACAGAGUCGGACGUUCGAUCAAGGCGAAAGAAUACUCAAAAUACGCAUCUUGCUCGAAUCACACCGGGAGCCCUGUGAAUGCACAGAACUCAAGGAACUUAGAAAACGCACCGUGCCCGUCGUACGCACUACGCUUUUACAACGCCGGAUCCGAGAGAGCUGGUGAAAUUAAUCUUUUUUCCUCUAUAUUGAUUAUUGUGUAUUUUAUUCACACACACACAAUUAUUAGCAGCUAACGUAUCCUGUAUUCUCGUUUUGUUUGCUUUUAGGAUACGGAACACGUAUUUUAUAUAAAAUUAGGGUUUUAUUUGUCACCUGGGUUGGUCUGUUUGCAAUUCAACCUGUUAACCAGCUACCAUAUGAAUAAUUAACAAUUGUAAUAAUUGAUGUUGCUAGAAACAUCACAAACGCACUUUAAUUUCAAAGUGUUCAAGUAGAAACGUAAGAAAUGGAGAACUUGUUCAAAGAUGUAGGAAAUUCGAAUUAAAUAGUUCUCCUGUUAGGAAUUUACUUAAGACCGAAACAAAUGCAUAAUAUCCUGAGUUUAAAAAUCACAAUUCUAAUGACUUCGUCUCGUCUCUUGCGGUUAACGGGUUGAUAAAUCUAGACUAUAGAACGAAACGUAUUAAGUCAGUGAUCGACCAUGAAAGAACUUUUAAUGUCUUGCCGUUUCAGCGAUACAAAUUCACCACACACACUCAUACAUACAAACACGUAUACACAAAAAUUCCUAGACGCUUCGAUAGCCUGCGGAAGUUUAUGCAAAUGUAGACAUUUAGGAACUAUUUUACAGAGAUCAUUUCCGAAUAAGUUGGAAACCUCGAUGAAUUUUAUGAUAUUUUUAAAUAUGUUGAUCUUUAAGCACUAAUGUAUUCUAUAAAUGCAUAAAACCCCGCGGUACAGUUAUCGAAUGGAAAAAGUAAUCGAGACGGUCGCGAUUAAAUGUCAAAUUAAUCUCGAUGCUUGCAGAAUUAAUUACUCCAACACCGUGUACUUGAAAUUAGGUUGGCGGGCCAUCCCUUGGCAUGUUACAGCUGCUCUAGCGAUCGUUGUUGGAAAAUGGAGGGAUUAGGCUGAGCUUUAAAUUAUAUUUUAAACGAGAACCCAAAACGCACUUAAUUAAAAAAAGAACGAAAUAUAUUUAUUAGGCGCUCGUGUCCUUUUUUAAAAUGAUUCAUUACCGCACGGCAUUUUAUUGUCUUUCGUUUCUUUCUUUUCGCCAAAAGUGACAAAUCUAAUCGCUCCAUUUUACGGUACGAAGCGAGAUUAAACCAUAUAUUUAUACGUGUGUUUUGUUUCGUUUUUUUUUCUUUAUCGGUGUAAGAGGCUUCACCUGAAUCAUUGUUUGUUUUAUUUUGUUCGGCAAUUUAAUUUGUCGAUUCGCGUUUUAACGAGGAAGAAGGAAAAGAUUAUCUCGCACGUGACGGACAAAAAUGUGCAUUGAACGCGUGCGUGUGACGUAGGUGGAAGUACAUUGCGUGAAUUAUUCUCCAACAAUGCUAUUGAGAGUAGAAUCGAAAAUUGAACCAGCUUGCGUAUAAAACAAGUAAUUAGUUAUAUUUCGAUCAUCUCCACCCUCUUGCUCCUUUCAUAACAGCCCCUGCCGCCAUCUUGAUCCACAUCCCUAACCCCCGCUCUUUCUUUUUAAUUUCUCCACCAUAGGUUUCCUCGUUAAUCCAUUUGUGUACAUUUCGUUUUGUAAUUAAUUUUUCUUUGUAUUAAUUUCUCAUCUUAUGUUGCUUUAACUUUUUCUUUUGUGGGUGUAUCUGCCAGACGUGGAUGAUGAAAACAACAAAGUAAAAUUAUACAUAUAUAUAUAUAUAUACACACUUAUACAUAUACAUAUAAACUGAUAAAAAAUUAUAUAAAGUAUGUAGCGUGUGACUUUUCAUUAUUAUGAUUAUUUUUUAAUUGUCUUUACAUGCUCUCGCGUGUUCCGGCUUUUUUGAACGUUCAAAUUCGGAAUCGAAUUUAUAAUUAUAUUAACGUUACGAAUAACCAAAGGUGUUAAAAGACGAAACGUUUCGUUUCUCUCUCUCUCUCUCUCUCUCUCUCUCUCUCUCUCUUUCUAUAUAUACAUAUAUAUAUCUCUCUUUCUCACCCUCCUGGAUCUUUCGUUGAAUUUCUGUCUGAUCCCUUAUUAAUCGUAUUCCCGUGUACUUUGCGAUUCGUGAAUUAACAAUUAACACUGCGAGAAAAGAAGAAAAGAAAACUUGAAAAAAGCCACUAAACAAAAAAGGAACAAAAAAAAAGAUAAUAUACUAACUGCCUUAACACGAAUUGCCUGAGAAAUUCACAGGGAACCUUUCGGAGAAGUGUCGAUCUUAUAAUUAAAAAAUCUUACAAUUUGUUAACCGGGUGGUUUUGGGACGCGUAAACAAUCACACAAGGUGAACAAUUAAUUUUAUCCCGCAGUAUAAAUACAUAAACACGGAUAUAAUCGUUGCUGUUAGAAAGAUAUUAAAACGCCGAAAGACUCUUCGCUAGAUCGGAAGAGAUGGCAUCGAUUACGGAGAAUGAGUUAGCUCGACGGAGAGGAAAAACGUUUUGUCACGCGGAUCAGAACGAAGCAAGACUCUGCGCGAGCAUGCAACACGAAAACUCAAUUUCCAUUGAUCGACAAAAGAAAACGAAAGCGACGAGAACAUCGACAGUGGCUCCGACUUUUCCUAUGUAUCGAAUUCAUCUUUCUUCAUAUAAAGUCGACGAUUAGCACGUG